AUGUCAGAAGCCUUCAAAGGUUAUGCUGAGCUUUCCAGAAAUCUAGAAGCUACUGGGGAGCCAAAGCAGCAGGACUCCCAGUCUAGAAGACAGGUGCCCAUCAAAAGGUCAACUGAGAAGCUUCUCCAGAAUUUCCUCUACAACGUGCUCGAGCGGCCCCGGGGCUGGGCGUUCAUCUACCACGCUUACGUUUUUCUACUAGUUUUCUCCUGCUUGGUGCUGUCGGUCUUUUCAACCAUCGACGAGUAUGAAGAGAGUUCUGAAGGUGCCCUCUACAUUCUGGAAAUAGUCACCAUCGUGGUCUUUGGCGUGGAGUAUUUUGUUAGAAUCUGGGCUGCCGGCUGCUGCUGCCGAUACCGGGGUUGGAGGGGACGGUUAAAAUUUGCCCGCAAACCCUUUUGCGUCAUCGACAUCAUGGUGUUAAUAGCCUCCAUUGCCGUGUUGGCGGCCGGUUCCCAGGGAAAUGUCUUUGCCACCUCAGCACUCAGGAGUUUACGGUUUCUACAGAUCUUGCGGAUGAUACGAAUGGACCGCCGGGGAGGCACUUGGAAGCUUCUGGGGUCUGUGGUGUAUGCCCAUAGCAAGGAGCUUAUCACUGCCUGGUACAUCGGUUUCCUAUGUCUCAUUUUAGCCUCUUUUCUGGUGUACUUGGCGGAGAAGGGAGAAAACACAGAAUUUGACACCUACGCUGAUGCGCUGUGGUGGGGCUUGAUUACUUUGACCACCAUCGGCUAUGGGGACAAGUGUCCGAAGACAUGGAAUGGACGCCUUCUUGCGGCAACAUUCACCUUGAUCGGUGUUUCCUUUUUCGCUCUCCCCGCUGGUAUUCUAGGUUCUGGGUUUGCCCUGAAGGUUCAAGAGCAGCACCGUCAAAAGCAUUUUGAGAAGAGGAGGAACCCUGCAGCUGGUCUGAUUCAGGCUGCAUGGAGAUUUUACGCCACUAACCUCACCCGCACUGAUUUACAUUCCACCUGGAAUUACUAUGAGCGAACGGUCACCGUUCCCAUGUACAGCUCGCAAACGCAAACGUAUGGUGCGUCCAGACUCAUUCCUCCUUUGAAUCAGCUGGAGCUUCUGAGGAACCUGAAGAGCAAAUCUGGACUAACGUUCAGGAAAGAGCAGUAACCCUAGCCGUCUCCAAGUAAAAGCAAUCCGUGCAGAAAGUCACUUUGUGGAUGCUGCUCAGGAAACUCUAGUCAAAAGGUCAGCUUGAAAGAUCGUGUCUUCUCCAGCCCCAGAGGUACGGCCACGAAAGGUAAAGGUUCUCCUCAGGCCCCGGGUAUCCGACGGUCCCCCAGCGCUGAUCAGAGUAUAGAAGAGAGCCCGAGCAAAGUUCCUAAGAGCUGGAGCUUUGGAGACCGAACCCGUGCCCGGCAAGCUUUCCGCAUCAAGGGAGCCGCAUCCCGCCAGAAUUCGGAAGAAGCAAGCCUCCCUGGAGAAGAUAUGCCUGAUCCUGAUAACAAGACCUGCAAUUGUGAAUUUGUAACAGAAGAUUUGACACCAGGUCUUAAAGUCAGCAUCAGAGCGGUGUGUGUUAUGAAAUUUCUGGUUUCCAAGCGGAAGUUCAAGGAGAGCUUGAGACCCUACGAUGUCAUGGAUGUCAUUGAGCAGUACUCAGCGGGACACCUGGAUAUGCUUUCCAGAAUAAAAAACCUCCAGUCCAGGAUAGAUAUGAUUGUGGGUCCCCCACCCCCUUCAACUCCCCGGCAUAAGAAGUAUUCAACUAAAGGAUCCUCACCCCAAUACUCGCCUAGAGUUGACCAAAUCGUUGGGCGAGGGCCAUCGAUGACCGAUAAGGACCGAACCAAAGGCCCGGCUGAAGGGGAGCUUCAGGAAGAUCCAAGUAUGAUGGGAAGACUUGGGAAGGUGGAAAAACAGGUGCAGUCCAUGGAGAAGAAGCUGGACUUCCUAGUGAACAUCUACAUGCAGCGGAUGGGAAUUCCCCCAACAGAAACUGAAGCCUAUUUUGGGUCCAAAGAACCUGACCCAGCGCCGCCCUAUCACAGCCCCGAAGACAGCCGGGAGCACAUUGACAAAAAUGGGUGCAUCAUCAAAAUCAUUCACUCUACCAGUUCAGUGGGGCAGAAGAAUUUCUCUGCACCACCGGCCACCACGGUGCCAAACAACAACUGCCCUCCUUCCACCUCUUGGCAUCCCUACCCACGGCAAAGCCGUGGCGCCUCCCCGGUGGGUGAGCCGGGCUCUUUGGUGAGAAUCCCACCGCCCCCUUCCCAUGAGCGCUCUUCGUCUGCGUACAGCGGCGGCAACCGGGCCAGCGCCGAGUACGCCAAGAACGAAGACGUGACUACUAAACACGCUGAGAGUGCCCUGAGGGACAGCGACACCUCUAUUUCUAUCCCGUCGGUUGACCACGAGGAACUGGAGCGCUCCUUCAGCGGAUUUAGCAUUUCCCAGUCCAAAGAGAACUUGGACAUACUGAACAACGGUUGCUACACCGCUGUGGCCAAAAUCAGACCUUAUAUUGCAGAGGGGGAAUCGGAUACAGAUUCCGACCUCUGCACGCCAUGUGGACCUCCACCAAGGUCAGCCACCGGCGAGGGGCCUUUCAGUGACAUGGGGUGGUCAACGCCUAGACAGUGAAGCCAACGCCUAGACAGUGAAGCCUGAAUAUGGCAUCAAGAGCCUGGGCCAGUGGUAACGCCCGCCGACCAGACGUCUUCACGAAAUGGAUUGCUCACGUUCUGUGAUCCAAAAGCGGUGUGAGUUUGCUCAACAGCUUAUUCUGGGUGUUGGGGAGCAGAGCCGGCUGUGCCUGUUCACAACCCAGGAGAGAGGGGCAUCGUAGCAAAUUAUUUCACGCCUUGGGAUGUCUGGAUUUCUUUCUUACAGCCUUUCUAAAAAUCGAUAGCAAACUGUAUUGUUGUACCCCAGGGUAGAUCGUCCCGGCUCUUGGUCAUCUUUGAUGCCACGAGGCUACAGGCGUCGCUUGAGAGGGUGGUGGAGGAAAUCGGUGAAAAACCGUUUUUACAUCAUUACCAAAUAAGAGGUAAUGGCACUGAGCUAGCAAAUCACAUAACACACAAAUAGUAUGGUGUUAACAAAAAGAAUAAAACAUAUCACUCAUUAUGCCUUGAGGGAGGGGCAACAGGUCCAUAAGGCAUGUUGAAAACAGGGUGGUUCAAUUACAGUUACAGACAGGUCAGUAGUAAGGUGUCAACAAGAGUUGUACAAUAGAUGGGUGAUGUUUGAAUGGCGAGUGAAGACUAUAGUCUCUUAGCGGUGGAAUUGGGGAACAGAGUUGCAGUUACAGUGGGAGUCCUUGAACUCAAAGAACAAUGAAGUCUGCUGUAGUAAGCUCGGCUAUUUUCACAUGAACUGCUUCAGUCAUUUUUUUUUAAUCCCCAUCCAUGGGAUGGCAUCAAACCAGCUCUUGACUUGCACGCUCUGACGUUUCAGUGUUUUUUAGCACUCUUUGGAAUGCUGUUAUGUAACGCAGGAGAGAAUGUGCCUCCAUGGGAGUAAAAGCCAUGGGUUGGGACGAGGCUGGUGGUCAGACUUCAGGAACGCUCUUCUUCAAGGCUGUGCUGGUUCUCCACGACAUGGGGCACUACAGUUAUUCGGCACUCAUUCACAUUUUCAUAGCCAGUUUCCCAGGGCCUGUUAUUCAAGUUUAGAAUGCUUAUUUCACACCUUACAUGUCAUGAUUACCAUUCUGGAGAGUUCAGAAAGGAGGCGAAAAGAGAUAUUUUCAGCAGUACGCAGGAAGGACCCUUAGCGUGAUCUUCUAGGUUCCUCACGGUGUGCAGCCCAACCAACACAGCCAGAACUUCCAUAAGUUGUGUGCGAGGCGUCCCCAUUGCUGAAUGGGGCUUCUCUUAGAUAUAACGAAUCAGAGGGGGAAUUGACACUGAGCUCAUAGUAGCUGGGCCUUGCCGCUGAGACGUUACCUCUGUUCUUUGUAUUGUGCCUUGUUUCAGUACGCAUCACGCUUUCUGUAAAGAAAAUCCCUUCGGCCCUCUCAAGUCCGCCAUGGUUUCUGGUUUAACCUCGAGUCACAACAGGCGGCUUGCUUUGAUUUUGCCUGACUCUCUCUCUCUGUCAGCCUUUAGUCUGUAUUUAUGGCUGACGCCACUAAUGAGUGUGCUGCUUGCCUUCUUCAUUAUUUCAGAAGUUGAGUUACGUUCAAAUUGGAAUGACUGGAGAGGUGUCCAAAGCUACUGAGGAAAAUUUCCAGUGUCUGAUUUUAGAAUAUAGGGGGAAAGUGGGGGGGCAUGUUCUAUCUAUCUAUCUAUCUAUCUAUCUAUCUAUCUAUCUAUCUAUCUAUC